GGGGGUAUGCUGACCGGCUCCUGCCGGCCCCAGGGACCAGCGGGACGGGGUGCUGUGGCUCUGUGAGCGGGGCGAAGGAGGAGGACAUCCCUGUCUUCAAAAGGAGACGGAGGUCCAGCUCCAUAGCGGCCUCGGAAAUGAUGGCUCAUAGUCAGAGCAACAACAAGUCCCACCGCAGGACUUCGCUGCCUUGCAUUCCGCGGGACCAGUCUUCGGGCACCAGUGUGAUAGUGGACAUUGCGGUGAUGGGUGAGGCCCAUGGUUUGAUCACAGACCUGCUGGCAGACCCCUCACUGCCCCCUAACACCUGCACCUCUCUGAAGGCUGUCAGCAACCUCCUCAGCACCCAGAUUAAUCUGCAGCCACUCCACCGGCCUCGCAUCCCUGCGGACACUCACACUUGCUCGGACUCUGAAACGGGGCCAGAGAAAGAGAGACUGGCCAUUCCAAAGCGUCUGAGGCGGAGUCUGCCCCCAGGUUUGCUGAGGAGAAUUUCAUCAACUUGGACCACAACGACCUCAGCCACGGGCCUCCCCACAAUCGAGCCAGGCCCCGUCUGCCGAGACCGUUCUGCUAGCAUCAAACACACCACAGAUGGUGAAUCAUGGAACAAUUCAGUGAUGAUGACCAUCUCAAAGAGUCGCUCCAUGUCUGCCUCCAGUGCUGCCUCUGUUGCCUCCAACCACCUCUACAGCAAGCCACUGGUCAGACCAGGUUUACCCCCCUCCAACAUAUCAACUCUGGUCUGUCUGAGCCCGUCUCCUCCUGCCCAGGGCACACCUGUCUCCAGCCCGACGAUAACGACGUGUUCAGUGCAGCUUCCCGAGCCACUCACAGAGCGGGCCCCUGGCUCUGUGGUCCCCAAUAGUCAACACAGAGCCUUAACUCACAGCCAGAGCGCCCCGAGCUCUACCACCCCUCACUGGCGACCUCCAUCGCUCUGCAGCAGCUGUGGCAGGCUGUUCAACAAUCGACUACACCACGGGGUAGAAUCUAUCGACAAAAGAGACAGAAUACCCCAUCCAGAUGAGCAUGCAGUAGCUUCAUCAGACUACGACAGCACCUAUGACAGUACCUAUGAGACCAAUCACAGUGACAGCAGCGACUUUGCACAGAAUGAAGAGGAGAGAGAAGGCGGCAAGAAGCCGCCUGAAGCAAGGGAAGGUUGCAUGGAGUAUUCGACAGAAGGCAUUGUUCUUCUCCCACUCCUGCCAUCACCAGAGGACAAGCCAGUCUCAGCCCCAGAGUCCCUGGUGAUGCCAGGCCUGGAGCCUCUGAUGAGCCAACUCAACAACUGGAACUUUCCCAUAUUCAGUCUAGUGGAGAAGACCCAUGGCAAAACAGGCUGCAUCCUCAGUCAGGUUUCUUAUAGGCUCUUUGAAGACACAGGUCUGUUUGAGACCUUCAGGAUUCCUGUACAGGAAUUCAUGAACUACUUCCAUGCUUUGGAGAAUGGAUACAGGGACAUCCCUUAUCACAACCGGAUCCAUGCCACUGAUGUGCUGCAUGCUGUUUGGUACCUCACCACUCAGCCUGUGCCAGGUCUGCCCACCCUGCUGACUGCAAAUGGGAUACACACUGAUUCAGAGAACGGCAUCACGCCUGGUGUCACAGGCUUCCUGGUGUCCAAGAUGAACUCUGUGCUGGAGGAAGGCUACUGCUCCCUGGCUGGCCUUAUCCCCGGCCUGGAGCUAAUGGCCCUGUAUGUAGCUGCCGCCAUGCAUGACUAUGACCAUCCUGGAAGAACCAAUGCCUUUCUAGUAGCUACCAGUGCACCACAGGCUCUUCUAUACAACGACCGAUCGGUCUUGGAAAACCACCAUGCAGCUUCCGCUUGGAACCUUUUUUUGUCUCAACCUGAGUAUAACUUCCUGGUUAACCUUGAACAUGUAGAGUUCAAGCGCUUCCGCUUCCUAGUUAUUGAAGCCAUCCUGGCCACCGACCUCAAAAAGCACUUUGACUUUCUUGCAGAGUUUAAUGCAAAGGUGGGUGAUGAAGGUGUGUCUGGCAUUAACUGGACCAACGAAAACGACCGAUUGCUUGUGUGCCAGAUGUGCAUCAAGCUGGCUGAUGUCAGUGGACCACUGAAGUAUAAGGAGCUGCACCUGCAGUGGACAGAGGGAAUCGUCAACGAAUUCUACGAACAGGGUGAUGAAGAAGCCAGCCUGGGCCUUCCCAUCAGCCCAUUCAUGGACCGCUCAGCUCCACAGCUCGCUAAGCUGCAAGAGUCUUUCAUCACUCACAUAGUGGGACCUUUGUGCUCCUCCUAUGACUCUGCUGCUCUUAUGCCGGGAGUCUGGGUUGACCCACCUGAGGGAGAGAUGGAGCCAGAAGAGGCAAAGGAAGGACAAGAUACAGAAGAGGAAGAUAUGGUAGAUGAGGAUGCAUCAACAAAUUCUGACACCUCCAGGAGGCAAGAAACCAAAAAGAUGAGCAGGAGGAAAGUGUUUUGCCAGAUCACACAACAUCUUUUGGAAAACCAUGAAAUGUGGAAAAGGGUGAUCGCUUCAGAGGCCCAGAAAGAGGAUCUGAACUGCAUCGGCAACCCAACUGAUCAAAUCACAGCCAUUCACGAGGAAGAGGAGGACCAAGUAAGCAAAGAGGAGGAGUCGACCGACACCCUUGGAGAAAGGGAUGAGAUACUGGGCAUAGAGGAAGAGGAAGUCUUUCCACAAUCAGAGACUUCAGGGGAAAAAGAAGAGGAACCAGAGUGAUGCUAUGAACUCUGACCUCCUCAUAAACUAGGAAUCGUGUCCAAAACAGUUGUUUCUUUUCCAACUAAACUCUUCAUAUGGUAGCCAGCACAUCACUUUGACACAACACUGUAGAAGAUGUUUCGGGUAAUAUGUGCCUAACAAAAACAGGGUUUGAAGACAGGGUUGAUGUUUCCCUAGUGAUGGGAGAUGAUGUAGCAUUUGUUUUAGCCUGGAUCUGGUGCCAUGCCCUCCCCCAGGCUGCCCUUCCUGCACUAUGGGCCAAAACAUGCUUACUGAUCAACUCCACCAGUGAGUAACAUACUGUCAAGAGCACCCCCACCUUUUGUUGCUCCCAUGCAUCAGAACAGUGUGGAGUCCCCAGUUGGAUGAGGAUGUGCAAUAAGCCCCUUCUCCUUGAAGACAAUGGGAUGAAAGCCAGGAAAGAAGCUGUGUCCACUGAGUCUCAGCUGUGUGGAUUUCAGGAGAUGGAAUAAAGUACAUGAAUGCAGACAACAACACCCAGACAAGCUUUACGGAUACAGUCACACGCACAAUGCUAUGGUAGAAACACAUUCCACAUUCAGAACUGAUAGGAAGGUUAACAAAAAACCCUGUUGCUCUAGGAGCUUUAUUCUCAAGGGAAACAUAAAACAAUGUAAAUCCUUAGUUACAUUUUCUCCCUGUCUUUUUUUUACUCAACAUUAGUCCAGCACACCUAUACAUUUCCAGGCCAUACAACUCAGGAAGGCAGAAAGCUGUAGAGACAAAGAAACAAAAACUUGGAGUGUCCUUGUCCUAGUACUUGGCACGUUUUCUUUCUGAGCUGUUUGAGAUGUCAUUGAUUUACUGAUAUGCCCAGAGGCACAUGGUUCUCUAGUGCAUCACAAAGGACCUGCAAGGGAAACAAGAUUAUUGAUCACAUUUUACUGUACAUGUAUUUAACAAUAAUUUCAUUUUGUCUGCUCUUUCAGUGUUUGCAUGUUCUCCCUGUGCCU